AUGGGACUGGGCACGGCCCCGAGAUCUGAUUUUAUAUCAGCAGAUUUACUUCGGGCUGGUGGCCAUCCACUUCAUGUAAUCUUAGCGGCGCCCAUGACAUCCUAUCUUCAGAAAGAAAGGAUCCCAGACCAGUGGAAGACCUUGCGAACCGUUCUUAUUCGUAGGAAAGGUGACCGAGAGGACCUUCGAAACUACCGUCUGAUAUGGUUGCUGAGCAUGUUACACAAAGUAUUCACUGAGAUCAUCCUCACGCGCAUAUCUAGGGUGCUUGGUGAAGGCCAGCCUCAGAAACAAGCUGGAUUCCGUCAAAGGUUCAGCUGCAUGGACCACAUCCAGACCGUGUCGAGGGUUAUAGGGGUUUGCCGGGAAUACAGCCUAUUCCUUGUCCUAACCUUCCUCCUUGACUACGGGAAAGCUUUCGUACAGCGUAGAAACGAAUGCAAUACUGUCAGCGCUGGUCAAUCAAGGUGUGGACGCGUCGUAUGUGAGGACAUUAGCCAACUUCUAUGA